GGCGGGGGAGGAAAAGGCGAUGUCCAAACACCUGAAUCACCGCCUUUUAGACACAGCGGCAUUCUUUCGCUCCUUCUCCACCACAACAGCCAUGACCCGGUUCCUAGCAGCGCCCCGGGGGGAUGGCUUAUAUUCCUGUCUGAGAGAGAGCAGGCCGACAGGAUCUGUAAGAAUCGUCGUCUGGCCACAGCAGAUGGUGAGAGUGACAGCAAGAGGAUGGAGAAAAGGCUGAAAGUAUUAAUACAGAAAGCUGAAUCUAAUGUGCAAGCAGGCCCUGCUUUAAAAUAUCAGUGCAUUUCUCAUCUUCCAACGCACAUGCUUUAUGGCACCUUUUUUAUUGGUUGGAACGGGCAGCCAUGUCGCGGGUGAUGAAGAAGAGGCAGGCCGACCCUAAAGUCGUCCAGUAUGUGUGGUCAGCCAUCGAGGUCAUCCGUAACCAAAAGCAAAUCGCAAAUAUGGACAGAAUCUCAAAGUAUUUAAGCCGCGUGUACGGUAUGCACCCGAAAGAAACGGCCAGACAGCUGGUGCUUGCGGUGAAGGAUGGCCUAGUGGUGGAGACCCUCACUGUGGGCUGCAAAGGGUCCAAGGCAGGGGUUGAGCAGGAGGGCUACUGGCUGCCAGGGGAUGAGAUGGAGCAGAUGUCUGAGGGAAGCAAGGAAUGGGAGGCGGAGAGCCACGACUGGUACUGCUUCGAGUGUCAUCUGCCCGGCGACGUGCUUGAGUGUGACGGCUGCUUCCGUGUCUAUCACCUACGCUGUCUCUCCGAGGAGCACCGGCCCAGAGACACCACCUCCCACUGGCAGUGCACUAUCUGCAGGCAGGGUAGCAAAAGGAAAAACGUUGGAAAACAGGAAAUGGCCACAUACCUGAAGUUUAUUCUUGCACGUAUGAAAGAAAGAGCUGUCGACCUGCACAAGAGAGGUAAAGAGACAAAGCAGCCGAUGUACAAGAGGCUGAUCCACACAGCGCUGGAUGUAGACAACAUUCAAGAGAACAUCUCUGAGGGAAAAUAUAAAAACUUUGAGGAGUUUAAAGCAGAUGCUCAGCUUAUCGUCCACAACACAGCUAUUCUGCACGGAGCACAUAGUGAUCAGACUGAAAUAGCCAGACUUCUGUACAAUGACACAUGCCAUGAGUUGAACGAGUUACUGUUGUGCAGAAACUGUUUUCAUCUGUCCAAUGCGCGACCUGACAACUGGUUUUGUUAUCCAUGUUCACCCAAUCACGAACUGGUAUGGGCCAGGAUGAAGGGCUUUGGAUACUGGCCUGCAAAGGUUAUGCAGAGAGAGGGUACCCAGGUGGACGUGCGCUUCUUUGGCCACCAGCAUCAGAGGGCAUGGAUCCCAUCAGACAACAUCCAAGAGAUCUCAGUGAGUGUUCAGCAGCUGCAGGUGAAACGCAGCGCAGGCUGGAAGAAGGCCUGUGAGGAGCUGGAGCUGCACCAGCGAUUCCUGCGAGAUGGACGCACCUGGAAAGGUAGGCCAGAGGAGCGCCCAGAGCAACAGGAGGAGCGUCAAGAUGAAGCUGAGUCCAGCAUCUCUUCCACUAGUAAUGAGCAGUCCAAGGUUAACCAGGAGCCCAAAGCCAAGAAGAGCCGUCGUUCUCAAGCCCCUGAACCCAAAGAGGAGCAGGAGCAUGAGCCCGAGGUAGAGGCGGUGAGCUCCAGUCAAGAGAUCCCCACCACAAUGCCCCACCAGCCCGAGCGCUUGUCCGUAUCCACACAGACCAAAAAGUCCAACUCCCCUUCAUCAUCAUCGUCCUCGCCUUCGCCCCGGAUGCUACACCGCGGCACACAGACUGUCAACGAGGGCAGUUGCCAGAAUAUGUGUCACGACAAGUACACCAAAAUCUUCAGCGACGUUAAGGAGAUGAUGAAGGCCGAGAACAAGCGGGAGACAGAGCGGCUGCUUAAAGAGGCUCUGGACAAGCUGCGAAAUGAGAUGGAGGAGGAGAAAAGGCAGGCGGUGAGUAAAGCGGUAGCCAGCACUCAGGCUGAGAUGGAGCGCAAAUGCAAGCAGGUGAAGGACAAGUGCAAAGAGGAGCUGAUGGAGGAGAUGAAGAAAAUGGUGAGCCAGCACAAGCAGCUUAUCUCCCAGACCAAGAAAAAGCAGUGGUGCUAUAACUGCGAAGAAGAGGCCAUGUACCACUGCUGCUGGAACACCUCCUACUGCUCCAUCAAGUGCCAGCAGGAGCAUUGGCACGCCGACCACAAACGCACCUGUCGCAGGAAGAGAUGAGCCGCAGCCAAUCACAGCACGCCCUCUUACCUCCACCCAUCUAUCAUGCCACGCUAUUGGAUGAUUCAGUUUUUAUUUUCUUCUUCUUUCUUCUCCCUCUCACCUCCCGUCUCCCUAGUCCCUGGAGUCAGAUGUUUUAUAGCAGCGUUUGAAAACCCACUCGCUGUAGGACACACUCUUUCCUCAACGUGGAGGACUUCUCCUAUCCAGAUCUGACAGAUACGGGCAGGGCGCUGAGGAGAGACUUUUAGUUUGGAUUUUACCUUUGGUUUUUCUUUGGUCCUGUAAAUCUCUUUUGUUUGCUGUAAAAUGAAAAGAGCCUUGCUUGCCUACAAACUAACUGAAAUGUGAAGUAAUAACCUUUUUAAACAUGUGAUUCUUAAUCACUUGCCAUGUAGAUAUUUUGACUUUUUAUAUAAGCGGAUGGUGUUUGCCUCCUGUGUUGAUUGACAUUGGUGGUGUUUUCCUCUGCGCUUGGUUUUUAUUGAUGGUUGUGAUGUAUCAUCUUUUGGGAACAGGGUUCAAGAUGGCAGGUCGUUUCUGUCGGGGGAAAAAAAAUACAAUCUCUUCCAUUUAUGAAUAUGCACAUUUCAUGUUACACUUUAAAAAUAGAAAGAUGAAUUUUUAAUGAAAACAGAUUAUUUAUGUGCUAAUUUUGGGUCCAUUUUCUGUAGCUAAAGUGUUAUAAAUCUUGGCUGAGUGAAAUCUUAGUGAGGUUUAUAUGUGUGUGUGAAACACAUGACCCCCCUCUCCUCCCUUACAGCCCUUGUGUUUCCAUAUUGCUUCGCUUGUGCACCCUAAUGCUACCUAUGUUGCUUCCGUAUGGUUGGAAAGAAUAACUGUGUCACUUCCAUAUUUCAAGAUUCCAGCUAAGCUGCAAGGGAAUCUAAUAUGAUCAGAAUCAUGAGGUCAGUUUGUACAGAGAUCAAUGUAAAUUAUGCAUUUUAAAAAUGAAUUUUAACCUUUUUUUUUUUAAUUUCUUAUAAAUAAAAAAAGCAACUUAUACCCCUUCCCUUGACAAUUCAAAGUUCUCACUAGACUAGGAAGGAGCUGUGCAGGUCGGUUCUAAGAGCCUCCAGGGUUCUGCUUACACCUGGUUACUGCAUGUGUCUUUGUGUAUCAGGAUUAUAUCUGGAUAAGAGCAAGCCACUUAAAUGCAAGUGUAAACACACCUAAGAUCAAUACAAAUUCAAACCACUUCAGAAACUGAUCAGAGUUAUUUAAGCCUGAUUAUAUUAAUGUAAGCGCAUCCGUCUCUCCAAAAUACAUUAAACAACCAAAACUCCUCUCAGUACAACCAAAUUACCGGUAAUAACAGCCAGGCAAAGAGUAGAUCUGUGUACACCAUCCCACACAUCAGUCAUUCAGUCUGACUUACUGUAGAUGCAUUUGACUAUUAAGUUCAAAUGUCUGUGGUUCAUAUCUUAUCAGGGUACAAUCCAGAUACUAGUCAUAUCAAGUGACCAGGUGUAAAGCUAAGACUUUGGGUAUUGAACUGGUUCGGUUUACCAGUCUGUUCUCAAGGUCCUAGUUUUGUUUUUGCACAGAUUUGUGAGUAUGUGAGUGCAAACGUGGUCUGUCCCUUUUCUGAAUCAGCAGGUGCUUUCUGAACCAUGUGUGUGUGUUGAUGCACUUGAGUUUUCCUUCUUUCUCUCGCUUUCCACGUCACUGUUGCACUACGUGUAAAUAACUGUCUGCCGCUAAACGUGACUAUUUGAUGAGGUUUGCACGUUAAGUAGCAUUAUGUACAUUUCAUGAAUGCAUUAACUCUGUAUUUGAUAAGUCAAUCUGUAAAAAAAAAAAAAAAGAAAGAAAAAGAAAAGUGCGAUGGGCAAUUGUUUCAUUCCAGUGAGCAUGAAAGCCGUUCUUUCCCAUUUGUUGCAUUUCGUCACUGAAUGCAGCUUUUUUUUUUUUUUUUUAUAACGUAAUUUGAAGUCACGUUGCGAACCUUCUUCUUUUGUUUAAUUUAUGUGGGGGGGAUACGAGUGACUACUGAAAGUACGGCCGAGGCCCAGCUGACAGUCUGCACCAGGAGUAGUCUUUUCUUUCGUAUGUGCAUACGGAUUAAUGUGAUGUGAAAGUUCAAAGUCCUGCCCUUCCCAAGUGUCUCUGGAUCUAGAGAUGCCCCACUUGCAUUACAGUAUGUAACAGUACUAUGUAUAAACAAUAAACACAUCAUCAUGCGGUGA